AUGACCGCCGUCCCCGACUACUACUACAACGACGACCCCAAGUCGUUUGGCUACUCGACCGCCCGCUCGAGAUGGCCCAAGAUCCUCACCCAGGCGAUUGCCGACGCCGAGAGUGUCGUCGGUGCUCCCGUCCGCGCCGCGUACAUCGCCGGGCUCGAGCUGAUUUUGGACCAGAUCAACGCCGACGCCACCGUGGCGCCGUUCACCGACGCCGACGUCGCCGCCAACCCCCUGCUCGCCACCUACAACCACUCGCUUGCCAGCCUCAACCGCCAGCGGCAAUUGACGUGGCAGACGGGGCCGUGGCUCUACCUCGAGUGCCACUUGUACGCGAUGAUCGAGGCGCUUAACCUCCGGUUACACGCCAACGUCGACAUCUUUAGCCGCCUUAAAGACUCGACGUUCAGACAGCUGGCCGCGGGGGUGGCCGAGCUCGCCAAACACGUCAACCACCUCGACACCGCCCCGCUCGACGACGACGCCCUUGCCCUCGUGUUCCGCGAGUUCAUCGACAUCUCGCUUUGGGGUAACGCCACCGACUUGUCGCUUUUGGCCGGGGGCACCACCAUCGACGAGAUCAAGCUGCUCCAAGGGAAACAGGUGCGGAAACAGAACGAGCAGAACAUCUUGGUCAACGACAUCGACGCCGUGUGGCGCCAGGUGCGGCUGAAGCCCCCAGGGAGAAUCGACAUCGUCCUCGACAACUCCGGGUUCGAGUUGUUGGCCGACUUGUGUCUCAGCGUGUGCUUAUUGUCCACCAACAUCGCCACCGAGGUCCACCUCCACUGUAAAGAGAUCCCGUGGUUUGUGUCGGACACCAUGCCCAAGGACGUCGACCUGUUGUUGCACCAGUUGGGCGACGCCGACUUCUUCCCCCCCGACCCCGAGUUGACCACCUUGCAGCACACCCUCCGCCAGUACCUUGAUCGGGGUCAGCUUAAAGUCGACCACCACCCGUUCUGGACCCUCGACUUGAGCUUCUGGCACCUCCCCGAGGCCAACGACUUGUACGAGGACUUGCUCGAGUCGAACUUGAUUAUCUUCAAGGGCGACUUAAACUAUCGCAAAUUGACGGGUGACCGCCACUGGGACCCGACGACACCGUUCACCACCGCCAUCCAGCAGUUGGCGUCGUCGAAGCUCCCCGUCGUCGCCCUCCGCACCUGCAAAGCCGACGUGGUGGUGGGGUUGGCCCCCGGCCAGUGGCAAGAGAUCGCCAACAAGUACACCGCCAUGGGCCACGACGGCCACUUCUGGGUGGCGCUGGGCAAGUGGGCCGUGAUCGAGUUCAGCCCCGGCGACGCCAAUAAGGUAUAG